AUGGCUUACCCGUACAUCGACACCCCGCGCACCGAAGUCGACGGAAACGCGACUUACCUGACGCAUGGAUACCGCAGCGUCGGACGACACAACUUAUCCGCCCUUGACUCGGUUGAAAACUCAUUUCAAACGCCCUCGAAAGACGAAGAUGUCCUGAAGGUUCUCGGCGACGGCCGCAGGCGCAGCUCUGCGGGAUCGAAGCUCAAUACACCGCGUGCGACUGCCGGCACAAAGUCAACGAGGAGCGCGUUAAACUCACGACAACUCCCGACAAUGGGCGCGAAGGGCGAGUUUACGCCAAUGCUGAAGAGUGCGAUGAAGAAUAAUUAUCUGAGGAAUGCGUCUACGACGCGCGGACCAAAGACUCCGUCUUACGCGAGAGGGGGAUACAGGAGCAAUGGCAAUACCCCAGGGUUGACGGUUAUGGAGAUGACAGGGAUUGAUGAAGAGGACGCGACAGUUGACGACCCGACGCCUGUUCCGCAAGUAGCCAGCAGCAGUGUGGCAGGCACCCCACUUCCGGGACUUGCCAGCCGGGACAAUGGCGUUUUAGGCGACGGAAGUAACAUGACACUAAAGGAACAAGAGAAGAUCAUCGAUAAGCUUGACAAGGACAAUUUCGGGCUGAAACUGAAGAUUCAUUUCCUUCAAGAACAACUAGAGAAGGCUGGGCCGUCUUACAAUCAGGCGGCACUACACGAGAACACCGAACUUAAGGUCUCGAAGUUGACGAUGCAACGCGAUAUAUCACGGUAUAAGAAGAGCCUGCAACAAGCCGAACGUGACCUAGAAGCCUAUCGCCAACAGUUCCAGGAGUAUAAAGAGAAGAUGCGUAGGAAGAACACAGAUGAGACGAUACAACGGGAAAUGGAGUCGAUGAGAGAGGAGCUUGAGAUCAGGGACCAGCGUGUAAAGGAGCUACAAGAACAACUAAGGGAGGCAAAGGACUCGCAGUCAGAUCAAAUCGACAAGCUCCGUGAUGAUAUUGAGGACCUGGAGGCAUCUUUAAGGGAGAAAGAUCGAACAAUCGAGGAGCGCGAAGAGGAGAUCGAGGAACUGAAAGACAAAGAUAAUCAAGAGAAAGACGCUCUCUCCGAGCUGGAAUCUGAACUUCGACGAGCAAAGGAACAGCUGGAGGAAUUGCAGGACUCUCUAGACCAAGCAAGAUCGGAUGCCAUAGAGGCCAGGACCUCCGAGCAACAAGCCUUGGAGGAGAAAGAACGCGCGGAAGAGAACCUUCAAGAACUGCAUGACGAGAUGUCGAACAAGUCAAUUAGCACGAAAGGUCUUACUCGCCAACUGGAGGAGGAAGUGAAAGAGCUUCGCCAUAAAAACAGUGCACUUAAAGAGGAACUUGACUCAAAAGCUCAACAAAUAUCCAGUAUCGAGGAACAGUCUCAGAUGUCACGACGGACCACGGAUGACGAGAAGGAGCGGCUACUUGAAGAACUGCAACAGAUCAGACGAGAACGUGAACUAGUUCUUCGGGAACGUGACGACCUCAAUGCCCAACUCCAUGAAGCGCAAGACGAGAUUCAGCGGAAAACGGACGAGAAGGCUCUCCUCCAAACUCGGCAUCACGCCUUGACAGACGAGUCCGGCGAUUUGCAGAACGAAUUGGCAAAGGCACAAUCUAGAAUCCGCGAACUCCAAGAGACAUUCGACGUCGAAAAGCAGAACGCCGCGGAGGACGCGCAAAAUGUGCGCUCUCAAUACUUGGAGGACAUUGAGCGCUUGCAAGAAGAGAUUGAGUCUCUUCAGCAUGAGAUCGAAGACAAAGAAGGCCAGUUUGCGCUCGAGCAAGAUAGAUGGGAGAGUUUGAGGCGGAAUCUGCAAGUCCAAAAGGACAGGGCCGAGGACCAAGCAGCAGGCUUUAAGCGGACCAUCGAGAAGCUAGAACAAGUGGAGCACACACUGACCGGGAAAGAGUACAAGCUGCAAGAAGUCAUUGAUAGCGAGAAGACGAGGCAUUUCAAUGCUGAAGCUGUCCUUAGUCGCCAGGUAAAGGAGUUGAACGAUGACUUGUCAGCUAAGCGAGAUGCCAUUGACGAAUUACGGCAUGAACUUCUGUCUGCCAAGGAAGAGCUUCGCCUUACGAGGCGUGCGGAAGCGACCCUCAAGGAAAAGGUACAAUCUUUGGAGGAUGAGGUGGUUGUUCUCCAGUCAAGCCUAGAAGAAGAACAAGAAUAUGCCAAAACGCGCACACGGAAAGAGCCUGCUGAACAGGAUGGCCAGGUGCAGAAGCUACUUGCUGAUAAGCAAAAGCUUCGCGAUCAACUCGCCAACGCGCACGUUGAGCUUCAUGAUCUUAAAACUGUGAAGACAGAGAUUGAGGCAGAACGCGAUGAGCUUCAAGCACAACUAGACCAAGUCCAAAACCAGGUUGGUGACACCACGAAGUUCGAUAAAGAGAAGACCGAGCUCCGAAAAUCUUCUCUUCGGAUGGAGACGGAACUUAAGAGACUCAAGGAAGACCGAAUGGCGCUCCUGGAAACUAAGGAAUCUCUUGAGAACCAACUGAACUCUGAAAUCGAGAGAGCCGCUUUGGAGGAGAACAGGCUGUCUGCGGAGAUCGACCAGCUUCAAAGCAAGUUGCAAUCUACCUCCGGAGGAAGGGAUCGAGAACUCGCGCUCACUAAGAACAAGCUCCAACGGUUCGAAAAGCGCAUCCGUGAGCUGGAGGAUCUGCUGGAGCAACAGCCGCCCGCUGAUAAUGAGCAGUCGGCAACUGCUGCAGACCUGUCAAUGCUGCGCCAUAAUUUAGACGAGGUACGGAAACGUGAAAAAGCGUUGAUACAGCGCGAAGCCGACCAAAAAGCUUCUAUCCGCGCCUACAAGUCUAAGGUUGUUGAGCUUGAAAGAGAAUUGCAUGACGCGACUAUAAGAAAAUUUGAAGCUCAAUCUCCAUCAUCGUCGCCAGCCAACAAGUUGCAUCAAGAUGUCCGGACCUUGCGGAAGCAGCUCUCAGACGCGCACCGUGUUUUGCGAGAACUGAAGCAAAAGAACCAUGAUCUUGAACGAGCCGCGAUGCGUGAAGAGGAUCAACGAGACCUGCACGAGCUGCUUAAGCAGUCAACCCUCGAGGCCGAGGCCUUGGCUCUGCAGGUGUCCGAAAAAGAAGCUCUAUUAAGUGAUACAGAAUACCGGCUUCACAGAAUACGUGAAGAGCGCGCUUCUUAUGCCCGGAAAGCGAAUGCGGCGCUCAAGGAACUCGACUCUCUCCAGGAUCGCUACAGGCAAGCCAUGGAGAAAGCAAAUGUCAAGGGCGAAAACAAGACCAAGCAUGAAAAGGAAAUGCUCGGCCUCGGCAAAGAGAUCAUCUGGCUCCGAGCACGCCUCAAGAGAGAGGAGAAGUUCCGUCGGGACCUAGCCUGGAGCAAGGGAUUGAUGGAACUUGGGGAGCGUGUCAGGGUUGCUUGCAACGAGGCCGACCUCCGCAUGAUCUCUGAUAUGGGCGUCAAAGCUCGUGACCGCAGUAAUGUGCGCAGCCCAAAGGCGAAGCUCAAGACCGCUGUCUCUAUGGUCAAGGCCGUCGUCCGCAUGCAGAAGCUGGGCCGUGAAUGGAAGAGGAUGACGAAGCUAGGCGAAGGCUUGAAGCGGGCGAAGAAUGAGGUUAUGAGGCGGAGGGAAAGGGAGUCAUUAAAGGCAUAG